AUGGAUACCCAACACGAUUCCUACGAACAACUUCAAACCGCUCAAUGGAAAACACAUGAAGAGUAUGAGUAUUCAAAUUUGAAGCCAGCGACUUCUUUCGAUUUGAAUUUAUCCCUUCAUAUAGGAUUCCGAAAUGCAAUAGACUGGGCGAAUCGAGUAGAUGGUUUCCGGAGUCUGAAAGUUAGAGAGAGGAAAUGUGUCGUUGGAGAAUUUGGAGUGGGAUUCAUAUUGAUUGAUCAAGCAUUCAAAUCUGCAAACUCAUCUUCUGAAAACAUCUGGGUCCUGCAAAAUUCAACAGGCGUCCAUUCAUUUUCAGAAAGUUUUGGAGAGGAUAGCGAGUAUGCAAUUGGCCAGCUAUAUACAUAA